AUGUCUUCUCCUAUUGUUCAAUCAGCAGAAGGCAAACAACUUUAUCAUAUUGUUUAUAUUAUUGAUCCAAAAAUACCGAUAAAAGUAGAAAAUAACAAAUCAUCUACUACUUUUACAUUUAAUCCAAUUUAUUUUUGUAAUGAAUCAGAAAUUCAAAAACAAUUAGAUAUUAAAUUUUCUAAAUUUAACUUUAAAUUAUUAAUUAUUGCUAUAUUCUCUAUUAUAUCAGCAUUAUUCAAUGUUGUAAUUAUUUAUCGAAAUUUUAUUAUACGAUUCAUUACUGGAUAUCAGCAUAACACAUAUUUUACGUUUUUAGUUUACACAUAUGAAUUUACUUUUCUUCAUAUAACAAUUAUCUAUCUUUUAGCUGGACAUUUAGCUUUCUAUUGUAAAAAAAAGAAGAGAAAUGACGGUUUUGGAUGGUAUUUAAUAAAUGUUUUCAUUUCGUUAUUAAAUAUUAAUUUAUUUAGCAUCCUUCGAUAUAUAACCGUCAAACGUUUAGUAAAAUUUGUAACUAGACGUCGUCAAAUGAUGAAAACCAAAUAUUGUUUUAUGCUAUUAUCUAAAAUCUAUUCUUUUCUAUGGUCACUCUAUUAUAUUUUUUAUUCACUUAUUUUACUUAUACUGGUAUUAUUUUCAAUUUUUGUUAAAUUGAAUCAAAUAUCAUUUGUUGGACAAUUGAAUAUUUACAAUUGGACCAUUAAUGAAUGGUUAAUCUUCUUCUUUAUUUUCAAUAAUCUGAUGAAUUUAUGUCGUACUAAUGAAGAAAAUUUAGGUUUUUUAUGGAAUAUGAUCAAUGUUACAUGGAAUACAGAAGAAGCGACAUGGGUGAAUGUUGAUCAACAAGUCCAUCAAUUAUAUUUAUUAUAUAAAAUGAUUUAUAGUACAAACAAAUGGAAAGGAUUAUUAUAUACACAAUCGUUAGACGCUAAAGAGUUACACAAUUUAAUUCGUAAACCUUAG